GGAAAUCUAAGGAUAAUGCAGUAGGUAGUAUAUUAUUUCUAGCUGGUACUACUUCCUUCCGCAAGAGCGGGAAGCGUAUAUUCGGGCAUGGCAUUUAGGACCUAUUCAUACAGGUUUUCGCCGGCACUGACGGAUAUAGACGGCUGAUUUUCGGCACGUUGCAAAUUCUCCAUAGCGACUCUCAAUAAGCCGCAUUCCAGCAUCAACACCUACAAGACACCUCUUUCCGUACGCCAUGAUCCGCGAUUCAAACGCCGUCUAUCUUCCCGGCUGAGAAUUUAGAGAACGCGAGUUCAUGUCUUCACACGGACCAGAGUCUGCGGCGCGGCGCCAGUCCAGCUCUUCGGGCUAUAAUGCGCCAGCCGCGUAUCAAAACCUAGGCGAUGGCGCUGCUGGACUCCCCGUCGGCGUUGAAAAGGACAGUCCGCCAACCUCACCGGAGACGUCGCGGACAGCAAGUAGCGGCCAUCGGCGGAGAUCAACCGCAGAGGCGGAUAUAUACGACAUUCCAGACGACUGGGCGAAUCUCGACGAAGUAGCGGCUACAAGCCCUGUAGAAAAUGUCACUGAAGCCCCUAUAUACCGCCACCACAGCUUGGAGCAGAUACGAAGCCGCGAUCAAGAAGAGCGCGAAUCGCGGCGAGCCAGUGCUGCCGAGAGGGAGCAUGAUAACGAGGCACAAUUGGCUGAUCUUGAAGUGGUCGAUGAAAAGAGCGAACAGCACGUGUCGAGGCUGGCAACGCAGAUCUAUACGAUAUCAUAUCUCGUUCUGUUUGCCAUCUGGGGUACUCUUGCGCGCGUGGGACUCAGCGCAUUGACUGCAUAUCCUGGAGAACCGGUCCUCUUUGUUGUUUUAUGGGCCAAUUUCGGCGGCAGUCUCAUCAUGGGCUUUCUUUCCGAGGAUCGGAUGCUGUUUCGCGACGAAUGGGGGACGCCUACUUACGACAAACUGCUUUCGCGCGCGAAAGAGAACGGGAAUGGCGAGGGAAGUUUGGACGCGGAAGAGCAGGCCAUUGAUUUGGCAGCGGCUAAGAAGGCACAUUUGGCAACGAAGAAGACUAUACCUCUGUAUAUUGGCUUGGCUACUGGGUUCUGCGGAAGCUUCACCAGUUUUUCCAGCUUCAUCAAGGACACGUUUCUUGCCUUGUCUAAUCAGAUGGUAACCCCUGAUCUGGGGAUCCCAGGCAGGAAUGGCGGAUAUUCAUUUAUGGCGCUUUUGGCUGUGGUGAUUGUGACGGUAUCAGUCUCGCUAGCGGGAUUAAUCCUUGGAGCUCAUCUCGCCAUUGCCUUGGAAAGAUUCACACCAUCUAUUCCUUAUCCUGUGACUCGCAAGAUUCUCGACCCCCUCGCUGUCUUGCUGGGCUGGGGGUGCUGGCUCGGCGCGAUUCUCAUGGCAAUCUUCCCACCGCACAACAAAUGGCGCGGCGAAAUCCUAUUUGCACUGGUCUUUGCGCCUUUGGGGUGCCUUGGUCGAUUUUAUCUUUCCAUUUACCUCAACGGAAAGAUUGCGUCCUUUCCCUUGGGAACUUUUACAGCAAACGUUUUCGGAACUGCCAUUUUGGGCAUGUCGUGGGACAUUGCUCACGCGCGCAUUGGAGGGCUUGCUGGGUGCCAAGUGCUUCAGGGCAUUGAGGAUGGGUUCUGUGGAUGCUUGACGACCAUUUCGACGUGGGUUGCCGAGUUGAAUAGCCUUGGACGACGUCACUCGUAUAUAUACGGCUUUAGCAGCGUGGGGACUGCUCUGGCGGUAAUGAUCGCCAUUAUGGGAGGAUUGCGAUGGAGCGAUGGCUUCAGUGCUUUGAUAUGCGUCUCGUGAAGGGGGUGUUAAUAUGAACAGGAGGAUGUGAGGAGGAACUAAACCAUAUUUUCUGCUGAUUGAUGAUAUACUUUAGAUAUAGACGCAUGCUCACUUGGGAGCGGCUCCGGCUCAUAUAUAUGUGUUACCAUGCCGACUGGACUUGUGAGAUUGGAGGCUUUGGUUAACAUUAAUGAGUUGGGAGAGUCGUGCUUCUUUAGGCACACUGUUAUUUCAGAUAGCGAAGCAUUUAAUCAUAAUAUUUUAAUAAGCUC